AUGAUGACGAAAGCUAAGACCCAACCCAAGGCCAACCUCAAUGGCCUCGGCAUCUUCUGGAUCACGUUUGCCCUCUCCUGGACCUUCAUCGUCGCAGGCGGCAUGAUCUUCCUAUGGCGUCGUCGCGAUAUGCCUAUCCUGAGGAUUCGAGGUCUACCGCUGUCAUCCCUUGCCAUCACAUUGCUCCAUCUCUACUGGGGCGCCGUCCAGACCGGGUAUGUCUAUUUCCGUCUCACUACACCCGAGGUAGAGUACUGUAUCAUGAGCAUUUACCUCCCCUGCGGCAUCGCUCUAUUCCAUGCCUCCAACAGCCGGUUUCUCCAUGUCGCCAAAGCCCAGAAGGAACUCUUCGCCUCGGACGCUGCUUCGAUUAAUAGCAAGCGUGCCAAGGCUAAGUCCCUCAUCGGCCGCUUUCGAUCUCUCAACUACACCAGAAAGAUCCUGAUCCUCGUGGGCGCGGGCAUGAGCUGUCAGUUCUUUCUUACAGUCUUCAUGUACCUUAUUUCGAGAAAGUGGCCAUCUGUCUUUUGGCAGUUCUUCUGGGCAUGGAUCGUCGCUCUAUACAUUCUCUGGACACAAACUAUUGCUUGCUGCCUUUUGAGUCUUCAUGCUACCCCUAUGUGGCUUAUUGCUUUAUAUGUCCCUGCCAUGUCGGUGGUUAACAGAGUCUGGGUUCCUCCUCAAUGGAUUGCCAUCUCGAUCCUGAUGCUUGAGAUCUUCACUAUCUUCUUUCCUUGUUGGGAAACCCUCGACUCUAUCAAUCAAUGGCAACUUAAUAAGAGUGUUGGCAAGACCUCGGGGUCUAUUCCCACAGGCUCCACGAAGGUGGCUGGCUCAUCGCUGACUGUAUGGUCUAAGGGUGACUCUAUCGAGAACAGUGUUGGCGAGAGUAUCCUCACCAUGGAAGCUCUCGAGUGCAAGUUCUCUGCCCUCCGAGAUUUUUCUGGAGAAAACAUUGCCUUCCUGAGAGCCGUCGCUGAGUGGCAGUCUUCGCUUCCUCUUGCGGUUCUCGACCCGGAGAAGAUCAAGGAUGAUGUGGCCCAGGAACUUGUCCGCGAACGAUUCAACAGCGCUCUCAGAAUCUACAUCAACUUCGUCAGCUCCCACCAUGCCAAGUUCCAAAUCAACCUUUCCUCACAAGAUCUCAAGAGGCUCGCGUCUGUUUUCGAGCCGUCCGCCCGCAUUCUCUAUGGCGAGAAGCACGAGAUUGAUCCCGCUACGCCCUUCGACUCCUUUGAAAUGACUAGCAAGGUCAAGUCGUCUUCUGGGUCAUGUCGCGGCUCCGAGACCGGCAACAUGACUGGAUCGAUCAACGAGACGGAAGCCAUUGGAGACAAGGCCCUCUACUGGGGUGACAUCCCUGAUGGCUUCGAUGCCACCAUUUUUCAUGACGCUGAAUCAAGCAUCAAGUAUCUUGUUUUCACCAAUACCUGGCCAAAGUUUGUUAAAGAUCGACAAUCCUCGAUUAACUCAAACGGUAACCUUGAGGCAGGAAAUGCCAUUCCUGCUACCCCUUGA